GGCGGCGGAAGGACUCUGCUCCAUUGGCGACGUCGGUGGACCUUCCCGGAUGGCAACGGCCGGCGGACCAUCGAGGAAGCCCUUCAGCGGGCCGUGGCUGGUAGCAGGCGGGGGCCUGCGGAAUACCGCCCGGUUCUGCUGGAGGGCUGAGGGGGAGCCUCCCUUCUGCCGGCAGUGCCACAGCUUUGGACACACCCUGGAGGGAUGCGCCAAUCUGCGCUGCCGCAACUGCCUGGAGUCGGGGCACAUGGCCAGGGACUGCAAGGGCCCCCGUCGCUGCAAACACUGUAACGGCGAGGACCAUCUGGCUCGUUCCUGCCCACAGAAAAAGACUACAUAUGCCGACGCUCUGUCGGAUAACAGAGCAGUCGGCAUGGAGAAUGGUGGGGGAGCUCUAGCCCCCACGACUGGGCAGGAACAGCCGGCGACGGGGGCAGAAGGAGAAGCCCUGGUCGUGGUGGAGGAGGCCCCUUCGAGUGCGACACCAAUGCAGGAGGGGUCUCCGAACAAGGUGGAGCAGCUCGCCCUGGCUCCAGGCGUCAGCAGCAGGCGAAAGAAGAGCGGUGCAUCCCCCCGGGGGAGGAAGAAGAGCAGAAGGGAGGCGCAACCCGACGCAUCCAGCCCUCCGGCUGCCACCUCGCCAGCAGUGGCGGCCGGGGACCAAGGCCGACAGUGUCCCCCCUCCCCGAUGUUAGAGGCCCCCCGUCUGGUGUGGGACUUGGGACAGUCCCCUGUACCCCCCCAGGAGUACAGCGGUCAACAGGACACUGCUAAUGAACAGGAGUACCUGGGGGGGCUGGAAUUGGGGGACCUUUUGAGGUUGACUGAGGAGGGGGGGCAGUAGGACAGUAUUGUUUUUAAUGGCUGGCUUUUAUUAUUUUAGUUUGUUGUUUUUAACUGUAUUUUAUUAUUUUAACA